CAAGCACCUCUCUGCUGGCCCUUCCUCAGGGCCCUUUGCGUGAGGCUGUGAGGGUGUCUGUUGGCACUGACGUCGCCCAGGGGCAGCGGGCACACCGUCCCGCAGGGAGCAGCCCGCCUGUCCCUGCCCAGCGGGGUGUGGCGUGUGUUGUUAACGCUCAGGGCUGGUAGUAAAGGACGGGGUAAGAAGGAUCAUGACGGCCCGCUUCUCUUUGGCCUAAGAUUGACCUGUUGACCUCUCUGAAAAGGACCUUAAGUGUUCAUCUUAAAACCAUCUUGGUAGAUUUUGGCUUACACAUUCUUUUGAACUCUGCACCAGUUCUGCACUGAACACUUAGACCAGAUGGUGCUUCUUACUUAAACACCCAGAGGCUGGGGACCGGGCUCCUGCUCGGAAAAAGCUGUGAUUCAGGAUGGAGGGGCUUCCCGGGGGCCGGGCUGCUGGGUGGGAGCCAGCGUGCUGGAGGCUUCCUUCCAGUGUCAGGGCUCGCUCGUUGGUGUCGCUUGCUGUGUUCCCUCGUUUCAGUGGAUUUGCUGCUCUCAGAGUCCCCCUGAGAGACGCCUCUCCUCCUGUGUCCCGCAUCCCCCGUACAGGUAGAGUGUGGACUUCUGCGGAGCAUCAGCUCUGUGGGGAGACAGCCCAGGGGGGGCGCAGUUGGUCCCUGAAUCUGGGCUGAUUUCUUCAUCCCAUCAGACUUCUCUCCACCUCGAUCCCGUGGCCAUUUGGGAUGUUGGAUUGGCCAGUGUUCCUGGGUUAGAAUUUGCUCACGAGUGGGGAGAUCUCCUGUUGGAGGCUCUAAGUUCUUCGUGAACCUUCCCCGGCUGCCCUGGGCACGUGUGGUUCUCGAUGUUGGCGCUCGGCUGUGCCUUUGAGGCUGUUGCCCCCUCCCACCUUCUCUGGGAGCCCUGUGUGUCCCAGCCCCACUUCGGCCACCUCCCAGUAUCCCCUUCUCCCCACUUGCCGAGGGGCUCGGGCUGCAUCCUCACCCACCCUCAGACGCCAUCCCAACCCACUGCCCCACUCCACCCCCCGUGCCCCUGUCCUUGGUCCUGAAGCCCAGGGCAGGGCUGGUCUGCGCAAGGCCUCCCGCUCCUCCUUCCCUGUGCAGGUUUACACUUUGGUUUCUUCUCUGGCCUCUGCUUCAUGUCCCACCCACCCAAGAGAAUGCGUGUCUCCAGGGGAAGUGGGUCUUGGGGCCCGAGUGGUCACGUCUCGUGAAAAUGUAACUCCUUCCUGUCUUGUGGUCUCAGUGGUGAGAACAGUGCCACUUUGAAUCCUGCAAAGCCCGGAGUUCCAGGGGUGGAAAGGUGGUUGUGCCCCCUUCCCUCCCCUCCCGCCUUCCAUUCUGGGGGUGCCCCCAGGGCCCCGCCCCACUCUCGGCUCCACUGUUGCUCCCCAGAGUCUGUAUCUUAAGUCUCCCAGAGCAGAGAAUCCAGGAGGCCGCCCUCGCUCUGGGCGUCGUGUCCAAGUCAGAGGCACACUCCCCACAGGAGUCCCUGUGAGCGCACAGAAACGAGAGGUUUCCUGGCUUUUGGGACGGUCAGCUGUUUCCAUGAGGAUCUCAUAUGAGAAGUCCUUAUCAUCUCACUGCUUUUUGAGUUUGUCAGGCCAUUUGAUGAUCUCAUCUCAAAGCAACUUGAGUUCUCUCUAAGAGUUGUAAGCCCUCGAAAUAGUCCUGGAGGGAGGCAGGUGCUCAUACCUGCUAGGUGUUGGGGGCUGAAGCACCCAGAGGAGAACACGUGUGAGAAUGAAGGCCCCCACAGAGCUCAUCUCAGCUGUGGGCAGAGGGGUUGCCCGGGCCUUGGGGGCAUCUGUCCUGUGGAGGGGACGUCUGGACACAGGUGGAUGGGCAGGUAUAAACCCUCGUGUGAAGUCGGGCCGUUUCAUGAAAAUUCUUCCCGAUUACGAGCACAUGGAAUACAGAGAUGUUUACACCUGCCUGCUUCACCGAUACAGACACAUUUUGGGACUGUGGCAGCCAGAUAUCGGGCCAUAUGGAGGACUGCUGAACGUGGUGGUGGAUGGCUUGUUCAUCAUUGGCUGGAUGUACCUGCCUCCCCAUGACCCUCAUGUGGACGACCCGAUGCGGUUCAAGCCCUUGUUCCGAAUCCACCUGAUGGAGAGGAAGUCGGCCACGGUGGAGUGCAUGUACGGCCACAGGGGGCCCCACAAUGGCCACGUCCAGGUCGUGAAGAAGGACGAGUUCUCCACCAAGUGCAACCAGACGGACCACCACAGGAUGUCUGGUGGGAGGCAGGAGGAAUUCCGCACGUGGCUGAGGGAAGAAUGGGGGCGGACGCUGGAGGACAUUUUCCACGAGCACAUGCAGGAGCUCAUCCUGAUGAAGUUCAUCUACACCAGUCAGUACGACAACUGCCUGACCUACCGCCGCAUCUACCUCCCGCCCAGCCACCCGGACGACCUGAUCAGGCCUGGCCUCUUCAAGGGCACCUACGGCAGCCACGGCCUGGAGAUCGUCAUGCUCAGCUUCCACGGGAAGCAUGCCAGGGGCACGAAGAUCACGGGUGACCCCAACAUCCCUGCUGGGCAGCAGACGGUAGAGAUCGACCUCAGGCACCGCAUCCACCUACCCGACAUUGAGAGCCUCCGCGACUUUAACGAGCUCUCGCGCAUCGUCCUGGAGGUGCGCGAGCAGGUGCGCCAGGAGCAGCAGCAGGAAGGUGGGCCCGAGGACGCCGAGGGCCUCGGCCGGCAGAGCCCCCAGCCCUGCGCGGAGCCACCCGCCGAGCAGGCCAAGGGGCCCGGGGAUGGAGGGGCCGAGGCCGCGGCUGAGCCGCCCGCCCAGUCGGGGCAGGGGCAGCCGUUUGUGCUGCCGGUGGGCGUGAGCUCGAGGAACGAGGACUAUCCCCGGACCUGCAGGAUGUGUUUCUACGGCACGGGCCUCAUCGCCGGCCACGGCUUCACCAGCCCCGAGCGCACCCCCGGGGUCUUCGUCCUGUUCGACGAGGAUCGCUUUGGGUUCAUCUGGCUGGAGCUGAAGUCCUUCAGCCUGUACAGCAGGGUCCAGGCUGCCUUCCGGAAUGCGGACGCCCCGUCCCCGCAGGCCUUCGAGGAAAUGCUCAAGAACAUCCAGUCCCUUGCCUCCUGAGGGCCCGCUCCCCCGCGGCGGGCGGCCCGGGCUGGGAGGGCAGCGGCGUGCGCUCAGGAGACGCGGCCUCUGACCGGAACACCCACCUCCUCGUAGGAGCCUCGGCGCGGCCUCCCCAGACGCUUUCCGCGGAUGCCCACAUAUCUGCCAGGAGCAAGGGGAAAGCUGAGCAUGUCUGAAACAAACAACAGAACCAGAACCAACUGACUUAGAGGACGGGCUGCAGGGCAUGUAGGUGACUGAACUGGAGAAAUUGGCCAUUUUCUAGGGAAAACAAAAUCCUCCUCCAGGGAGGUUCACAACGCAACAGAGUCUGUUGCCUCCAACCGAUGGAAGCGGUCAUGGGUGAGGUGUGCGGGCUCCACCGUCCCCUCUGCAGGAGGUGAGCCAGAGGGCCUUGGUGACUUCGACGCAGCCUGGGCGGGUGGGGGCACUGUGUGUGGAAUAUGAGCUCCAGGGAGUCGGGCUUGGGACCCACUUCUCUACCGACUUGCUUGGAUUUUGGACAAAGGCAUUUCACCCUGAUCUCAGUUUCCAAAUCAGUGAAAUGGGGCCAAUGAUACGGGUCACUAGGGAACGCCACUGCAGGCCUUCCAGCAGCUCGGAGGCCCUGCGAGCACCACCCGACCCCGGUCCCUGCGGUGCCGUGUGCCUGCCCGGCCUCUCUCAGGCUUUAGAACCUAGACCUUCACUGCAGUACUUCAGACAGGCAUUCACUUAGUUCACGCCCUGCCCCUGCCCUGCACUCACUGGUGUCAGACCCUGAGCUGCAGCCGCUGGUCUCAGAACCAGGACAGGGCACCCUCUGAGAUGACCUGCGUCUGUUCCUCCUGCUUGGUUUACACAGGUGCCGCUCUUGAGAGGGGCGAAGCAGCAGAAGGGGUUGUGCCAGGUGAGCGUGACGUCCCUUUGCGGGGGUGGGGCGGGGCUUUCUGGACACUGCACGUAGGGAGCGCACUUUGGAGACCAGGACCCUCGGGGAGCCUCCAGCAUGCAGACCCUCGGCGCUGACCCUUCCGCUGGCAUUGUCCCUGUGUCACGUUGACCCCUGCAUUUGGGGACCCCUGUGAGCGCUGAUCUUGCUGUCUCCUGAAGAGCGGAGCCCCACGUGCCUGUGCACAGACCUGCUGGAGUUCUGUUCAGCCCUCCCUCCAGGCUGCACUGCCUAACAGGGCGUGUGGCUUCCCGGGGUGGACGGACUCUGUUCCUUCCCAGUUGCUCGUCCUUGUCGGCUGGACUCUGCUGAGCCCUCACACUGGGGGCGGGGGCCCCAGGGAAGGGGCAGCUUUGUGGUGCCUUCAUGUAGAGACCAACCUGAGGUGUCCCAUGAAACGUGGCCUGUGUCUCGUGAUAGCGUUCUCCCUGACCGGCCCUUUUCUAAAAUAACAACCCCCCACCACCCCUGCUUCAGCACAUUUGACGACUCUGGCCUUCCUUUGCUCCCAGAAUCACAGAAGCAGCAAGCUCUGGGCAUGGCCUUGAAACGCAGACUGGGCCUCCCCAGAGGCUCCGUGGGGCUGCCCUGGGCACGCCGGGCGCUGUCGGCCGUCUCGUCCGAGGCACGGAGGCCCACCUCCCAGACCCUUCCAGCAGGACCCGGGGUUGGGUGGGGACGUGGUCCCAGCUCCUGCGUUUCUCGAAGGACUGAGCCUCAGAGCCUGAGGCUCCUCCCUCCCUCUCACAAUGCGGCUGUUCUUCUCUCGUGCCAAGCGUGGCCGUCCCCAACGGUGACAACUGGCCGCAAAGCCUUGAGGACCGUGAAAACGGAGGACAGCUGGGCUAGGCUGUUCCUCUCUAGGUUUCAUCAUUGUUUAAAUAAAAUCAAGAAAAUGCGUAUUUUACCCAGAGCUAAGGGACCGUCUCCGUCUGAGGCCUCCAGCGUUGUAAAGCGCACACAGAUCGAAGAUGAGCACUUCUGAUUAAAAACCAGUCUCAAACUAAA